AUGUCCAACAGCAGCUCCAUCACCCAGUUCCUCCUCCUGGCAUUCGCAGACACACGGGAGCUACAGCUUUUGCACUUCUGGCUCUUCCUGGGCAUCUACCUGGCUGCCCUCCUGGGCAACGGCCUCAUCAUCACCACCAUAGCCUGGGACCAGCACCUCCACACCCCCAUGUACUUCUUCCUGCUCAACCUCUCCCUCCUCGAUCUGGGCUUCAUCUCCACCACUGUGCCCAGCUCUACAGCUAAUUCCCUCUGGAACACCAGGGCCAUUUCGUAUGCAGGAUGUGUUACCCAGGUCUUCCUCUUUAUCUUUGCCCUGUCAACAGAGUAUUUUGUUCUCACAGUCAUGUCCUAUGAUCGCUACGUUGCCAUCUGCAAACCCCUGCACUACGGGACCCUCCUGGGCAGCAGAGCUUGUGUCCACAUGGCAGCAGCUGCCUGGGCCACGGGGUUUCUCUAUUCUCUGCUGCACACGGCCAAUACAUUUUCAGUGCCCCUGUGCAAGGGCAAUGCCCUGGACCAGUUCUUCUGUGAAAUCCCCCAGAUCCUCAAGCUCUCCUGCUCACACUCCUACCUCAGGGAACUUGGACUUCUUGUGGCUAGUGGCUGUUUAGUUUUUGUGUGUUUUGUGUUCAUCGUUCUGUCUUAUGUGCAGAUCUUCAGGACAGUGCUGAGGAUCCCCUCUGAGCAGGGACGGCACAAAGCCUUUUCCACCUGCCUCCCUCACCUGGCCAUGGUCUCCCUGUUUGUCAGCACUGCCUUGUUUGCCCACCUGAAGCCCCCUUCCAUGUCCUCCCCAUCCCUGGAUCUGCUGGUGGCAGUUCUGUACUCGUUGGUGCCUCCAGCAGCAAAUCCCCUCAUCUACAGCAUGAGGAACCAGGAGCUCAAGGAUGCUCUGAGGAAGCUGAUGACUGGAUGUUUUUCAGCAGCCAUAGGCUGCUUACUUUCCUCUGCAAACAGCUCCAGUGUAUGUCAUGGCAGGACAGAUUUGCCUUUCCUGCUCUACGUUUUUUUUUCCUUUUUCCUUAUGUGAUAUUGUUGCCUUCCAAGAAACAUAAUGGUUCUUACCUUUCUUCU